AUGGCCUUUGAAAUCUUGACAAGGUUUGGCCUCCCAAUGCCCAGAUUCAUUUUCCCGGCCGACAACUUAACCGCCUGCAGACAACACAACUGCCCAUCAACAACAUCAUCAUCAUCAUCAUCCUCAUUUUCAUCCUCAACAAACUCAAUGCCGCUCGUUUUUUUACUCGUUUUCUUAUUCGAGUCCAUUUCGUAUGCCUCCCACAAAGAGUCCAUGCCUUCUCCACCAUCCACAUUGUGCCGCUCUUCGAAUAACUUGCAAGCUAAAGUCCUUCUCCAUUCCUUUUCCUUUCUCAUCGACCCUAAACUUCCCGAGUCGCACGUUUUCAAGGGGAUUUUCGUUUUCCUCAUACAGCAAACGCGUCCCGAACAGGAUUUCGUAUAUCCCGAGAUCGUCCGUGCCUUGAGACCCAUCGCGCCCGAAAUCUUUCUCGGACAGAGGAUCUUGCGAAACGGAAACGGAGAUCUUUUCCUGGACAAUGCCGGAGAUGAAAAGAAGGAAAGUAGUGAGAAAAAGAGGAGAGAGAAAGGAGACGAGUUUCAGAAGAAUGAAAGUAAUACAUGGAAAUGGGAGGUGAAGAGAAAAAAAGAUGGCGAAAAUGGCGAGAAAAUGAAGAAGAAUGAGGAGAAUCUCGUCGAUUUUGUGACUAGUAAAGGGAGUGACAGCGGCGGCUCCUCACCGUCUGCUUCUUCAUUGUCAUCCGUAUCCUCGUGUAAGAUGCCAGCAGUGGCGGUGGUGGUUAGGUCAUUGUCACUGGAGGAACACCUUGCUAGGUUAAGGGAUAAAAAGGAAGCUGCUCUUUUGACACCGGAAGGAUUUUGGUGUCAAUCGGGUAUGGCGGUUGCGUCGGCUCCAUGUAAGGUGGGGAUUGGUGGGAUCACCAGCUAG